AUGGGAAACGGAGCAAAGGCAGCCUCGAAGCGCGACCGCAAGGACGACAAGACUAAGGUCGCAAAGUCACAACUCAAAGUCAAUGAGAAGGCCAUGGAUAUCCAAUGUGUCAUCUGCAAGUCCACCUUCUUGAAGACAACUCGUGCGCCAGCACUUACGGAGCAUGCAACCAAUAAGCACAGCAAGGCUCUUGCGGACUGCUUCCCAAAUUUCGUUGCCGCCCCUGCCAAAUAA